GUUUUUUCUCACAACAGGCAACGGGGCAUAUUUGAAUCUAAAAAUCAAAUCCAAAGAAUGAGGAUUGUGGAUGGAGGACUUCCACCAAGGAAAAAAGAGCUGAAAAUUGGAAAUCUCGUUUACCUCAUCUACUUCUUUUGCCUUCUCAUUUUAAAUUCAGUGAUGGAUCUUUCCAUCGGAAUUUGAAAGCAGUCGCCAAAAUUCAAACGGAAGUUGAUGAUACUUUGAGAGAGGUUUUUUCAAGAGCAGAAUUAUCAAUGCUGGGUAUUUUCAUUAGCAGUUUGCUGGUUAUAGAGAAGAGGAGUAGGAUCGUGGAGGUUUUCUCAGAAGAGGUUCAGAAGCUCUGGAAUGAAUGGGAGCUCCGGGUUCUGGUUCUUCUUAGCCUUCUAUUGCAAGUCAUUCUCAUCUUCUUGGGUAGUCGUAGAAAGUACAUGGCUACACUCUGGGUGAGAAUCGUUCUUUGGAUGUCUUACUUAUCGGCAGACACUGUAGCAACUACUGCCCUUGGUGCCCUCUCCCACGGUCAAGGACAGCCAGGCAGCACCGAACUAACGACUCUCUGGGCUCCAUUUCUGCUUUUGCACCUUGGUGGUCCGGACACCAUCACUGCUUACUCCUUAGAAGAUAAUGAAUUGUGGCUCAGGCACUUUCUUGGACUAGUCCAACAAGUUGGUAUUGCAGUUUAUGUUUUGAUCAGGUCAUGGACUUAUAGCCGAGUCUCCAUUCUUACGAUCUUCAUGUUUGUCCCUGGAAUUGUCAAGUAUGGGGAAAGGACAUGGGUUCUCAGGUUGGCAAGUAAGGAACAUUUCAGAGACUCUAUGCUUGAUCGUCCAGAUCCAGGCCCCAAUUAUGCCCAAUUCAUGAACGAUUAUGAUUCUAAGCAAGCCAAAGGGUCCAGAGUCACUGUGGGAAGGAUUGAAGAUUUUCAGUUGGAAAUGCUUGACGAACACGAAGAAGCUCAUCAGCAGAAACCAAAUAAUCCUUCCAACAGUAUAGGCAGUGAAUCCAACCUUACUGAUGCAGAGGUUUUGCCUAAAGCAUAUGAAUUCUUUGAGACAUUCAAGCGUCUCUUUGCGGAUCUCAUCUUAAGUGGUGAUGACUGGAAGAAGAGCAGAGAAUUCUUCCAAGACACUUCAUCAAGAACAUCUUUCAAAGUAAUCGAGGUGGAACUCGGGUUCAUAUAUGAUUUACUUUAUUCGAAAGCUGCCUUGAUCUAUUCUCUUCUAGGCUUGAUUCUGCGUUGCAUCAGUUUCUCCUCUAUAAUCAUUCUGCUUGUGGCCUUCUUGACGGGUGAUAACCAUCGCUAUUCAAAUGUGGAUAGAAUCAUAACUUACAUCUUGUUCAUCGGAGCAUUGAUUCUUGAGAUUUAUGCCAUCUUCGUUCUCACUUCCUCUGACUGGGCAUUCCUUUACCUAAGCAAGCACAAGCUGCACAUUCCGGUAGAGUCCAUUAAUGUUUUGGAGAAAAGAUUGUCUUCCAGGAAAAGGUGGUCUAAUUUAGUGGCACAGUAUAACUUUUUAAGUGUUUCUGUGAAAGAUAAACCACCCAAAAUAUUACCUAAAGUUCAGAGGCUCCUCCGUGUUGACAAAUUACUAGAAAACUACUACUAUAAAUACUCUAAGGAAGUCUUCUUCAAGUGCAAAGAAUUAAUAUUCAAAGAGCUCAAGAGAAAAUCAAGAAAAGUUGACAAGAUUGAGGAUGUCAAGGAUUUGUGCACAAGUAGAGGUGAUGGUGUACUUGGAUAUAAUGGUCAUCUUCAGGAUAAGCUUAAGUGGAGUCUAAAUGAUAUAGAAUUUGAUCAAAGCAUUCUUCUAUGGCACAUUGCUACAGAUCUCUGCUACGAGUGUGAUAAUAAUGUUUCUCCUUUCACGGAAUUGCAACGUGAAACAAGCAAGUUAUUAUCAGAUUAUAUGUUGUAUCUUCUGAUAAUUUGUCCUUUUACGAUGCCUAAAGGGAUUGGGCAAAUCAGGUUCAGGGAUACUUGAGUAGAAGCAGAAAGGUUUUUCGAAGAAACAAAGUCAAAAUUCGACAAAAUUAAAGCUUGCAAGAAGUUGCUUGAGGUGAACACAGAUAUUCGACCCGUUGAAGUGAAAGGAGAUCAAAGCAAGUCGGUACUAUUUGAUGCAUGUAGGCUUGCAAAAACUUUGCUAUCAUUGGAGGGAGGGAAGUUUGAUAAAUGGGAGAUAAUGAGUCAUGUGUGGAUCGAGAUGUUGUCUUAUGCUGCAAGUCAAUGUAGAGGGACUAACCAUGCUCAACAACUUAGAAGAGGUGGAGAAUUUAUCACUCACGUAUGGCUUCUAAUGGCACAUCUUGGUGUUGCACAGCUAUUUCAAAUUUCACAAGGGCAUGUGAGAGCCAUGUUGAUUUCCGGGUAAUUAGGCUAGAAGAAGUCACUAAAAUAAAUAAUUGGGAGUGUUCGUACUCCAGGAUUUUCUUUUCCUUGUAAGAUUUCAUAUUCGUAAAAUGUCCACCAUAAUUGUUCUUAAUGCCAGAUUAUACCAUUGCCCUUGUAUUGUUACCAACAAAUCGAAGUCUAUUAUUGUACUUAA